AUGCGCGGAAUCAUUCUGGCGGGCGGCACGGGGUCGAGGUUGCACCCCAUCACGCUCGGCGUGAGCAAACAGCUGGUCCCCGUCCACGACAAACCGAUGAUCUAUUACCCACUCAGCACCCUGAUGCUGGCCGGGAUUCGCGACAUCAUGAUCAUCACCACAGAAGACGACGCACCGCAGUUCCAGCGGUUGCUCGGCGACGGCUCGCAGUUCGGCGUCGACCUGACCUACCAGAUCCAGCACGAGCCGAAUGGUCUCGCACAGCCUUCGUACUGGAGCCGGCCACAUCGGCAAAGCCGUCUCCUGCUCGAGGAGAAGCCGGCGAACCCGCGCUCCAACUAUUCGGUGCCUGGCCUUUAUUUCCUACGACAACGACGUUGUCGCCAUCGCCAUGACCUCGAACCAUCGGCACGCGGCGAGUACGAGAUCACCGACGUCAACCGUGCGUACUCGAAGCUGGUCGCCUCCAGGUCGAAGUACUUCCUCGCGGCACCGCGUGGCUCGACACCGGAACUUUCGAUUCGCUUCGACGCAUCGAACUACGUGCGCACGAUCGAGGAGCGUCAGGGACUCAAGAUCGGCGCGCCCGAAGAAGUUGCGUGGCGGCACGGAUUCAUCACCGACGACGAGCUACGCAUUCGUGCUGAGAAGCUCCUCAAAUCCGGAUACGGAAAAUACCUUCUCGAACUCUCGACCGCGGCAAGGACUGGUGACAUGGCAGAUACUCACGUGAUGAGCCAGUAUCGCGAACUGAAAGUGCCAGGGGCCUGGGAAUUCACACCCAAGCAGUUCGGCGACGACCGCGGAGUCUUCUCGAGUGGUUCCCAAGCCAAUUGCUCGGUCUCGGCUGCCGGUGUCCUACGAGGCAUCCAUUUUGCCGACGUCCCUCCCGGACAGGCCAAGUACGUCACGUGUGCCAAAGGCGCGAUACUCGACAUCGCCGUCGACCUCCGCGUGGGAUCGCCGACCUUCGGCCAGUGGGAUUCGGUCCUUCUCGACGACGUCAACCGCAGAGCGAUCUUUCUGUCCGAAGGGCCUGGGCACGCCUUCCUGUCCUCGAGGACAACUCGACAGUGGUUUACCCGUGCUCGACGGGAUACGCCCCCCGAACCGGUGAGCCCCCUGAACAUCACGCUCUCCGCGAACGACACAGCGGCACCGUCGCUUCAAGAUGCCGGUGUCGGCAGGGCUGUUGCCCACGUUCGGCGAAGGCUGAUGGCUUCACCGGAUCUCGACUGCAACACCCCCGCCGGAAUGACCGGCAGGCCGGGUCCGUUGAUGCGCGUCGUCAAGAAUCAGGCCCUUGCCUUUCUGCUCGUCGGUGGCGUCAACACGGCGCUCGGAACCGCCUGGUUCAUUGCCUGGCAGAUCGCGCUCGGCGAUGAAUUCGGCUACCACUUCGCGAUCGUUGCCGGGUACGUCUGCAACCUGCUGUGCGCUUUUGCGAUGUACCGCUACCUGGUCUUCGAAGUUCGCGGUCACUUCCUCCGUGACUUCUGGCGAUUCGUCGUCGUCAAUUUCGAGCCUUCG